GUUUGGAUGUUGAUCAAAUCUUUUCUUUGAAUUUUAAUCAUUCUUGGAAUGUUAUUAAGACUUUCUUUCCAUGUAUGUGAUCGGAAUUUUUUUUCUUUCUUUGGUAAAACUUGUGUAAUACUCCCAAUGAAAUAGAAGGAAUGAUUGCUUGAUUCUUGGCUUAGUGUUUCCAUUUCUAGCUUAGUAAAACUUAUGGAAACUUUGUCUGUCAUCAUCUAGCAAAUAUAGAUUUGGAAAAUUCAUACUUCUUUUUUCUCAAUAUUAGUUAUUUUUUAUGAUUUCUUUUAAGAAAAAGAAAAGGGUUUGUCAGUUGUCACCCCUUUUCCACGUUUUGAUGGGUAAACCUUAGAAAAUAUGGUUUUGAUUGUUGAACUGCUUUCUCAAAACGUGUUGAAGAACCUUUUCCAGCUUUCGAAAUCUGACUUUGCUUUGCUUUGCUUGGAGAAAGUUGCAGAGGUAUGGUAGCUAUUACUUCAUGGAGCCAUUUUUUUUUUCAUUGGACUAUUUAAGGAGGUUCUAGCCACCUUGUUUUCUUGUAGAAAAUUACUCUUUUAUUUUAAAGGAUUCACUCGAGAGAACCACCUUCAAGUUUAUAGAGAGGAUCUAACUGAGGAAAAUGGUGAAGAUCUGCUGCAUUGGAGCUGGGUAUGUUGGUGGGCCUACUAUGGCAGUGAUAGCAUUAAAAUGUCCCACAAUUGAAGUAGCAGUUGUUGAUAUCUCUGUCGCGAAGAUCUUAGCCUGGAAUAGUGAUCAACUCCCCAUAUAUGAGCCUGGUCUUGAUGAAGUAGUGAAGCAGUGCAGAGGAAAGAAUCUAUUUUUCAGUACAGAUGUUGAAAGGCACGUCUCAGAGGCAGAUAUAAUCUUUGUUUCAGUUAACACUCCAACAAAAACUCGAGGCCUUGGAGCUGGAAAAGCUGCAGAUCUCACCUAUUGGGAGAGUGCGGCCAGGAUGAUUGCCGAUGUAUCGAAAACAGACAAGAUUGUUGUUGAAAAAUCAACUGUUCCAGUUAAAACAGCUGAGGCAAUAGAAAAGAUCCUUACUCACAACAGCAAAGGAAUCAAAUAUCAGAUUCUAUCAAAUCCAGAGUUCCUUGCUGAGGGUACUGCUAUUAAAGAUUUAUUUAAUCCCGACAGGGUUCUCAUAGGAGGAAGAGAAACUCCGGAUGGUCUCAAGGCAAUUCAGGCUUUGAAGAGUGUAUAUGCCCAGUGGGUGCCUGAUGAAAGAAUUCUCACCACGAAUCUGUGGUCAGCAGAGCUCUCAAAGUUAGCUGCUAAUGCAUUUUUGGCUCAAAGGAUCUCUUCUAUCAAUGCCAUGUCAGCACUCUGUGAGGCUACUGGUGCAGAUGUGUCACAGGUAUCCCACGCUGUUGGGAAAGAUACCAGAAUUGGACCCAAGUUCCUAAAUGCUAGUGUCGGUUUUGGUGGAUCGUGUUUUCAGAAGGACAUUCUCAAUUUGAUUUAUAUUUGUGAAUGCAAUGGCUUGAAUGAAGUUGCAGGGUACUGGAAACAAGUGAUAAAGGUCAACGACUACCAAAAGAAUCGAUUUGUGAACCGGGUUGUCUCUUCAAUGUUCAAUACAGUUUCAGGAAAAAAGAUAGCGAUCCUUGGAUUUGCUUUCAAGAAAGAUACAGGUGACACAAGGGAAACUCCAGCAAUUGAUGUCUGUAAGGGACUUUUAGGGGACAAGGCAAAACUGAGUGUAUAUGAUCCACAAGUAACUGCGGAUCAGAUUCAAAGGGACUUGUCUAUGAACAAGUUUGAUUGGGACCAUCCAAUCCACUUGCAGCCAGUGAGCCCAACUGCAGCAAAGGAAGUCAGUUUUGCUUGGGACCCAUAUGAGGCGACUAAAGAUGCUCAUGGAGUCUGCAUUCUAACUGAAUGGGAUGAAUUCAAGACUCUUGAUUUUCAAAGGAUUUUUAAACAAAUGCAGAAACCUGCAUUUGUCUUUGACGGCAGAAAUGUUGUUGAUGUUCAAAAGCUGAGGGAGAUUGGAUUCAUAGUGUAUUCCAUUGGAAAACCACUGGAUCCAUGGCUCAAGGAUAUGCCUGUUAUGGCAUAGAAGUCCAAAGGAUAUAAAUGAUGGAUUCUGCCUUCAAGAGAUAAAAGAUUUAUGACCAAUCCUUCUUCUGAUAUUCAUUGUCUUUUUUCUUUUACUUGCAACUCGAUUCACAUUUUUAUAAUUGUUUUCAGAGUUAACCAUGACGUUUAUAUAAAAGUUACUUCGUUUUUUAAGGUAAUCUUAUAUAAUAGUUGAUUUAA